AUGGGCCUUGGUGUUUUGGACGACACCGUACUUCCCCAUGUGCCAGGGACGUCCGAUAUCCUUCAAAAUGAAUGCUCAAAUGAACAAGAUACCAGUAACAUCAACCUCAAAUACGACCGUUCGGGGACGACUCCCAUUCUCCUCGUCCCUCAGCCAAGCGAUGCCCCCAAUGAUCCAUUGAAUUGGCCGUUAUGGAAGCGCGAUGUUAUUUUGCUUGUUCUCUCUUUCGUGUCGGUACUUUGUGCGACAACUAGUUCCCUCAUGGCUGCCAACACUGUAACAGUUGCACUCCACUAUGGCAAGAGUUUUACUUCCGUUGCACUUCUCACAGGGUAUCACCUCUGCGGAGUGGGUGUGGCUGGGAUCCUAAUCGUUCCCACAGCUCGCGUAUGGGGCAAGCGCCAUUUGUUUCUCUUGGGGAAUAUUUUGAUGGUGGUCAGCUGUGCCUGGGCAGGCGGGAGCUCGAAUAGCUACCAAAGCCUGCUGUGGUCUCGCAUUUUCCAGGGAGUUGCUUUGGCACCUUUCGAAGCCUUAGUCAAUGCGUGCGUUGGUGAUCUGUUUUAUGUUCACGAGCGUGGGAAGAGAAUGGCCCUGUCUAAUGUUGCCCUCUUUGGGGCUGCCUUUCUAACGCCAGUGCUGGCCGGUAAAAUAACACAUUCGCUUGGGUGGCAGUGGACAUUCUACCUUGUGGCUAUUUUCACAGCGGCAGUGUUUCCCCUCACUCUUUUACUGGUUCCUGAGACGGCUUUCAGGCGUCCAGACUACUUAAACACCGAUUUCGAGCAAUCCAGUGACCUGCAGUCCGAGAUCAGCAUCAACCCACCAGUACAGCCGAACGAUUACAUAGAUUCCAGAGAAAGCCAGACUGCAGGUGAACAGAAACAACGGCCACACAUUAGCAAUCCAGAGUCAUACAGCGAAUCUGGAAAAGAAGAACCUCAGGGAGCAAAGACUCCUCCAAAGGCUUCGUAUCUCCAAUUCCUGAAGCCCUUUAAUGGAAGGAAGACGGACGAGGACUUUGUCAAGCUUCUCUUGCGGCCGUUUCCCCUUUUCUUCCAUCCCGCUAUUCUUUGGGCUUGCUUAAUCCAAGGCGCAAUAAUCGGUUGGACUGUUUUUAUCGGCGUUGUAUUGGCGGCGAUUUUCCUGGGUCCUCCGCUAUGGUUCAACGAAGUUCAAACCGGGUACCUGUACACAGGGGCUUUCAUCGGGUCCAUUCUGGGCUUGAUAUUGUCGGGACUACUUUCCGACUCCAUGAAUCGGAUCAUGAUCAAGCUAAACAAAGGAAGAUAUGAGCCUGAGUUCCGUAUCCUCCUUGUUAUCUUCCAAUUGAUCUUCAGUGGUGCGGGGCUAUACGGUUUCGGCAUUGUGGCAGAGGAUGUAGGAAGAUACGGUUGGCUGGUGGUGGAUGUGUUUUUCGCCUUUGUUGUAAUUGGGAUGGUCAUGGGCGCCGUGGCUAGCGCACUAUACAUCGUUGAUGCCCACCGACAAAUCGCCAUCGAGUCGUUUACGUGCAUGCUGAUCUUCAAGAACAUGUUCAGCUUUAUUUUGACAUUUUUAGCGUAUGACUGGCUUGUGUCCGAUGGAAUCAGACCGGCGUUUCUGGCUAUAUCGAGCAUUCAGAUGGGCAUCUGCUUCUUGAGCAUUCCUAUGUACAUCUUUGGCAAAAAGAACCGCUCUUUCUUCGCACGGCAUGAUGUCUUGAAGGCUCUGCAUCUCCGAUAA